GCCGCCGACAGCGUUCUUGAAGGAGUAGGAGAGCGGCUAUGGCGAGUCCUGCUGCCGCUUCUGUGAGACCGCCCAGGCCCAAGAAAGAGCCGCAGACGCUUGUCAUCCCCAAGAAUGCGGCCGAGGANCAGAAGCUCAAGCUGGAGCGGCUCAUGAAGAACCCGGACAAAGCAGUUCCAAUUCCAGAGAAAAUGAAUGAAUGGGCUCCUCGAGCGCCUCCAGAAUUUGUCCGAGAUGUCAUGGGUUCCAGUGCCGGGGCUGGCAGUGGAGAGUUCCACGUGUAUAGGCACCUACGGCGGAGAGAGUAUCAGCGGCAGGACUACAUGGAUGCCAUGGCUGAGAAGGUAAGUGACGGACCAAGUCAGGCUUGGCACUGCAGGAUGUUCAUACUGCAAGAGUGAUGUGUAGGACUUUCC